UUCUAGUGUUCUGUUGUUUUACAUGUAACUGCUUUGUCGUGUUCUUCUCUUCAUCUCCUUGUCUUCAUAACGCUCUUUCAAAAUGUACAGAGAAAUUUUCAUGAUCCCUUUUGUAGCAGGCUGUAUUUUAUUUAGCGUCGAGGCAGUUGGUGGAGGCUGUGAAGAUCACCAUCCCAAGUGUAUGCAGUGGGCAGCUAAAGGAGAGUGUGACAAGAACCCACAAUGGAUGCUACGACACUGUAGAAUGAGCUGUGGACAAUGUUCAAUGGCUAAUAUACAUGAGCUUGUCAAUCAUGCUAACUUUGAAAUAAGACGCUCAUUUAACGUUUUUGUGGGAAUAUUUGGAACUCUACUUGUAGCCCUGUUCAUCAAGAUGUCAUUUUAUGGUGCAAGCUGUGAAAGUACUGCUAAACUUGAAGGCAAAACCGUCAUUAUAACUGGUGGUAACACAGGAAUUGGUAAAGAAACAGCCAGAGACUUAGCGUGGCGUAAAGCUCGAGUAAUCCUGGCUUGCAGAGAUGUCUCUAAAGGAAUUGAAGCAGCCGCAGAGAUCAUGGAAAGCACUGGAAACGARAACGUCGAGGUUAAAAAGCUUGACUUGGCAAGUUUCAAGUCARUCAGAACAUUUGCUGAAGAAGUUCUUCAGGAAGAAGAGAAAGUCAACAUUCUUAUUAACAAUGCUGGCUACUUAGGAUCGUAUGCAAAGACGAAGGAUAGCUUGGAAAACAAUUUUCAAGUGAAUUAUCUUGGCCAUUUCUUACUCACUAAUCUAUUAUUGGACAAGAUAAAGGCAUCUAGUCCAGGCAGGAUUAUCAAUGUAUCAUCUGUGCAGCACAGAUUUGGUAAAAUUAACUUUGAUAAUCUUCAAGCAGAGAAGUCUUAUGGGAGRUUCACUGCUUAUAAUCAAAGUAAACUCGCUCUAGUCAUGUUUACYAGACAGUUGGCUGAGAAAUUAAGAGGAACAAAUGUCACAGUCAAUGCCCUGCAUCCCGGUGUUGUAUCAACAGAAAUAUUCCGUGACUUUUUCGUCUAUCGAAUGUGGAUCUUUCGACCACUUCUUUCCAUAGUUUGUUACUUCUUUUUYAAGACAACAAUCCAAGGAGCACAAACUACAAUUCACUGUGCCGUUACUCCUGAGUUAGAGCAUAUUACUGGGCAGUACUUCAAAGAAUGCCAGGAGGACUCUUGUGGAGAAAAUGCUAAGGAUGACGGCGUAGCAAAGAAACUUUGGGAAGUCAGUGAAAGGCUUUGUGGCUUAUGUACAGAACACUAAGAUGCUAUUCAAAUAACAUUUAGGUUAAUUGGGGCUCACCAAGAUGUUAGAGACUGUGAAGCCAAGCCCUUAAUUUUGACAUUUGAUAUAGAAACGGAGAUUUUUACAGUCAAAAGACAUAAGCGCACUCCCUCAAA